AGCUCACUGUCUCUGUCAUACUGGCUUCUCUCCACAGGACCGUAGCUGGUGUUUGGAUGAAUGUGUGUCUGGGGCAGCUCGGCUUUCGCUGUGAGGCGGUUGUGAUUGUGGGGAAGCUGCAGUGAUCCCCCAGUCCGGAUUGACUGUGCGAAACGGAGCAGGGGGAAGCUGGGGUUGCUAUGUGCUGAGACAGUGGGCUGUCUGCUCAGCUCAGAGUGUGGGACAGGCCAGGAACCCAGCUCCUCUUCCAGCUCCGGCAAGCAGCCAGGACCCCAGUCCUUCUGGCAAUUCCACCCUCCCCCGCCUCACAGUUCACCACAAACCGGCGGUGGCAGCGACCUGGAGCCGCUCUGCAAUGAGACCAUGCGGAACUGAACCGUUCUCUCUCUGGACCAGGAGCACCUAAGCCUUAGAGCAGGGACACGUUCAGUAACUCCUGGCUCUGACACUUUCUCAGUGGAUGCACAGAGCUAGUUUCAGCACCGCGGACAGCGCUAUGAGGGAAUCUCAGAGGCAAUCCACACCCUGAGCCAAGCGAGCUGUGCAAUUUCAUUCUAAUGAACUGUUGUGGGACAACGGAAAUCUUGUUGCCUCUUGUUUAAAAGUGGAGUGUCAGGAACACGGAGAUGUUUACUCUUUUACUCUCGGCAGGAGGUGUGCCAGGAGGCUGCAGUCUGCUCCUCCUCUGUUCCCUCUUCCUGUGCAGAUGCAUCCAUUGCCAGGAGAAGACUCAUUCUCAGGCUGAGGAGAGACUCUUCAAACAUCUCUUCACUGGUUACAAUCGGUGGUCCAGACCUGUCACCAAUGCUUCAGAUGCUGUCAUUGUCAACUUUGGCCUUUCCAUCGCACAGCUUAUUGACGUGGAUGAGAAAAACCAGAUGAUGACAACUAACGUUUGGCUCAAGCAGGAAUGGUAUGAUUAUAAACUCACAUGGGAUCCUGCAGAGUUUGACAAUGUAACUUCAAUCCGUGUCCCCUCUGAAAUGAUCUGGAUUCCUGACAUUGUUCUUUACAACAAUGCAGAUGGUGAGUUUGCAGUGACACACAUGACGAAGGCUCACCUCUUCUCGACAGGCCAGGUACAGUGGGUGCCCCCGGCGAUCUACAAGAGCUCCUGUAGCAUCGACGUUACCUUCUUUCCGUUCGACCAGCAGAAUUGCAAAAUGAAGUUUGGCUCCUGGACGCACGACAAGUCCAAGAUCGAUCUGAGGAGCAUGGGCAGGAAUGUAGACCUUAAGGACUACUGGGAAAGUGGCGAGUGGGCGAUAGUCAACACAGUGGGGGUUUAUAACAGCAAGAAGUAUGACUGUUGCUUUGAGGUGUAUGUUGAUAUCACGUACUCCUUCAUUAUCAGGAGGCUCCCUCUCUUCUACACCAUUAACCUCAUCAUUCCUUGUUUACUCAUCUCCUGUUUAACCGUUUUGGUCUUCCAUUUACCAUCAGCCUGUGGAGAGAAAAUUACUCUUUGUAUCUCAGUAUUGCUGUCCCUGACUGUCUUCCUGCUGCUUAUUACAGAAAUCAUCCCCUCGACCUCGUUGGUCAUCCCUUUAAUCGGGGAAUACCUGCUCUUCACCAUGAUCUUUGUCACGCUCUCCAUUGUUAUCACUGUCUUUGUCCUCAACAUCCACCACCGCUCGCCCAACACCCACAAGAUGCCCAGGUGGGUGAAGAAGGUCUUCCUGGAUUUCAUCCCUCGCUGGCUGUUCAUGAAGAGACCGAGACCCAAAACUGAGACGUUCACCAACCAUUUCAGUCCUCUGGAGUUAAAGUUUGCGCCGUCCAAAUGCUGCCCUUCCUCAGGGAGUGAGGAACUCCGGUUUGGCCUGCCCCCCUGCCAACCCAGGCUGGUGAGUCCUUGUGCCCUUGGCUACCCGUGUCGCCUCAAGCCCAGCAGAUCCACGGAGGGGAUGGUCAAUGGCAGCCGCCGAGCCUGGGCUAGUAACAUCACUCAGACAGGAGCCAGUCUGCCAUUAUCACCCAGCAUCAUCAGGGCACUGGAAGGAGUGCAUUACAUCGCCAACCAUCUCCGAGCUGAGGAUGCCGACUUUUCAGUAAAGGAAGACUGGAAGUAUGUUGCCAUGGUGAUUGACCGGAUUUUUCUCUGGAUAUUUAUCAUCGCCUGUUUGUUGGGCACGUUUGGACUUUUCCUCCCACCCUGCCUGGCCGGAAUGAUUUGAUGUUCCAUUUAUAAAGUCGGGAGAGUAAGCUGGGAGGAUUUAAGCUGCAUGUGAGGGUGUGGGGUUAGGGAAAGUUUCAAAGGAACUCUCCCCUUCAUCUACCCUUCCGUCUACCUCCACCUUCCUAUCCCCACUCCCUCAAUCCCUUAGGCCCAUUUACCCCAAAAUCCCCAACUCUGCCACUCACUUCCCCACCCCGCUCCUCCACCCACCCCUAUUCCCAAUUUACCCUCCAACCCUCAAUACGCCCCACUACACAUUUGCCAUCCUCCUCACCUCUCCCUUGUGCCCCAAACCCCCUCAUUUUCCAUCCUUCUCCCAAUUGCUGAUACACCUUCAUUAACCUCCUCCACCCUCUCUGGUCACUUACAUACACACCCAGUCUUGCAAAUGACCCCCUCCAAGCCUGACCAGGAAUGCAGUAACAUUCCUGAGGGGGUGAAUUGUUUUUGGUCCCAAGGGAUUAACAUUGCCCUCAUACACAGACCUGACCUCUCCCUCUCACUGAUUGUCUGAGUCCAAACCGUGUUUUCACAAAGAAGCGUGAAAUAACAUGAAUAACUAAUUUAAAACAUGGAUAUAUGGCUGGAAAGUUGCAGGGUGACACAUUUCAUUCAUUAAGCAUUGAUUUGCAGAUAAAUAGUUUUGUAUCACUUUUGAUUUGUUGACUUAGAAUAUUCUUGAAAGUGUUUCCAUCUCUUAAGACUGCCCCCGUCAUUAUGUGGAGAGCUUAGCGAUGAAGGGACUGCGGUUUCACCUUCCCCCUGUUUGGACAUUGUUGUAAAAUCCCCGGAGAAUAGCUCGUGUCCCUAUACACUACCACUCACCCCCUCAAAGUCACAGAGUGCAGCCUUCAAGCCCUCAUUUGGAGACCUGAUAGGCCAUUCCAGACUACCUCUAUCCCCUCGUGGUCUGUCUAUUCUUAUACUGCCUUGACUGCCUUCUUAUCUUUACCCUUCAUAACCAUAAACGCAUCUGAGACCAAUAUUCCAUUUGAGUUCUGAGGAAGGGUCGUUGUCCCUGAAAUGUUAACUUUGAUUUUUCUCCACAGACCCCAGACCGGAUGUGUUUAUCCAGCAGUUUCUGCAUUUAAUUCCAUUUGCCUUCUCUAUUACCCAAAGGUUUAGAUUCCAGUUUUUGUGAUUUGUGGAUGAGCUCUGAGUUGUAGCUUUCUGCAGCCUUUCUGUAUUCAAAUAAUAUACAGCUCCUCUAUUGUUCCUGCCAAAGUGCAUAACCUCACAGUUUCUCAUAUUAUAUUCCAUCAAUCAGGUUUUUCACUCUCAAGGUAACUAGAAGUAGGAAUAACCUCAACUCCACUCUCCUGCCUGCUCCCCCAAGCCUUCAACCCCAUCACAUCACUCCACCUGUCUAUAUCUAUCUUUGAGUGUGAGUUACAGAGUCAGAGCGAUGAAGAGUAUGGAAAUAGACUCUUUGCUCCAACCCAUCCAUGCUGAUCAAAUAUCCUAAAUAAAUCUAGUCUCAUUUGCCAGCA